AUUUAAAGGUGUGUAGAUGAUAACAUUUACUGAAAAUUACAAAGUUUUAGCAUAAUAAUGUAUAAUAAUUUUCUUAGGUUCUUCUUUAUUGUAUUAAUAUCAACUUCACUUUUAUGCUCACCAGAGAGAGUGCGUAGAGUUAUUGGUGGUUACCCAGUACAGAAUUCGAGAUGGCCUUUUCUGAUAGCAGUUUAUUAUAAUGGCGUAUACGAAUGCAUGUUUUCCUUAAUUUCAUUAAAAUCGGCCAUUGGACCUGCUAGCUGUUUAAUUUAUAAAAAUGUUUCGUUAAUGCAUGGAAGAAUAGGAGACGUCAAUAGGUAUGAAGGAACUAUAAUUCAUUUCUCAAACUGUACCAUUCACAAAUCGUAUAUAAGUUGGUCAGAAGAGGACAACAUAGCUUUACUAUUUCUUGAAGAACCAUUAACUGAGUCGGGUACUAUCAGACCUGUUGCUCUUCCGCAUAAAACUUUAAAUGUAACAGAAAAUUGGAUAGGAGUAUUUUCUGCAGGAUGGGGAUGCUUUGAAUUCAGUAAGCUUACUGGAAUAUUCUUGUUUUUCUCUUAUUGCUUUUCAAGAUAUAAAUAA